UAUUUUAUUUAUUAUGCUAUUACCAAUUUCUUGAUACUACUAUACUGCUGCAAAUAAAAGUAAUUAUUGGUUGAAAGGGAGAGUUAGACUAAAUAAAGUAGCUCAAGAUUUGAAUAAAGGGUUGACAUAGAUUGCCUCAGAUCCAGUGUACUCAAAGUCGUCUUGUUGAGAAAAAAAGUUUGCCUUUUAUUUCAGGGUUUUCUUGUGAUUCUUGAAACUUUUGCUCUGCUUUUCCCCCUUGUUUCUCUCUCAUCAACCAUUUUGUUGCUUCCUUGCUUUUAUUCAGCUCAGAAACUACUAAAAUUCUCAAUCUUGAUUAGUUUUCUUCUUGUUUCUUUGUUUUUAGUUGACUGUCUGAGUAAAGAAGGGAUCUUGGCCAUGAUGAAUUUGCCUUUUUCUUGUUUUUUUUAUGUUUUAGAUAAUAGAUGAUUAAGUGAAAUAUGUGAGAGAAGAAGUUUAGUUUCACCUUUUUUUUCUAUAUGUGGUGACUCCUUUAUAAAUGAUGGUGAUUGGUGUUCAUUUUUAGCUUUGACAGAUCUAGCAAGUAACUUGUAAUUUAUAAGCCUUCUUUGGUUUAGUUGGGAUGCUGAGGCUUUCGAUGAGGUUAUUCAUGUGCAUUUUUGGAUCAUGGGGGAAUGGAUUCUUGAUCUGUACUAGUAGAUUUUGCUUUAUGUUGGAGGGAGGUGGUGAGUUAAUAUAAUAAUGACAGGUGAUGUAGUUGUAGGUGGGCGGCGGGGCGACGUUUCGUAUUUAGAUAGUGAUCUCGAUGGAGGCGAGGCGUGGGGCGGUUGCAGUGCCAUAUAGUUUAGGUAACUUGAUUCUUGACUAUCCUAGUGUGGGGUGCUGCUGUUGUUGUUGUCGUUGUUGUUGUUGUUGUUGUUGUUGUUGUUAUUGUUGCGUGGAUGAGAUGAACUUGAAGUUGAUGGGAGACGACGAGGCUAGCGUGCUCCCGGAUGGGGAGACGAAGAGCUUGGGCAACUCUGUGGAUGGUGAGAAUGAUGAUUGUAGCUUUGGUGAUUCAGGGAGUGAUGUUAGCUUCUCUGUGGCGUUGGGGUCGGGGGAGGGGGAGGCGAGGAGCGAGGGCUCGUCUCUGCUGGCUAUGACAUCCGAGGACGAGACCAUGUGGCUGGCUCGGGAGGAGGAUGGGUCCUCGUCGUUGGAGGGUGAUGCAAUGCCGGACUCAUUGGAGGUGGUGAGUGAUACUAGCAGCCUGUGUGGUGAUGAUUUCUUGGGCUUUGAGGCCAACUUCUUGGAGGUUGAGAGGGAACUUGCUUCGAGGAUACGGGUGUCGAGGAGUCCGGGCAGUGAUGCCGUUUUAGGCGAUUCUCCGUCUGUGUCCGUGGCCAGCCGGGAAGGGGAUGUUGCCGUGUCUGAAUCAUCCAAGGCCGGUGAUGCUCAGUCGGAGAGAGGGCUGUGCGGGAGGGUGAGCCGGAGCAUCUUUGAGGUGGAUUGCGUGCCUCUUUGGGGGUUUACCUCCGUGUGUGGCAGGCGGCCGGAGAUGGAGGACGCGGUCGCAGCUUUGCCUCGUCUGCUCAAAAUCCCGAUCCGGAUGCUAACCGGAGCUGAUGGUGGAGGGACGACGUGCUUGAGCCAUCUGACGGGCCACUUCUUUGGAGUGUACGACGGUCACGGAGGCUCUCAGGUAGCUAAUUACUGUCGUGAUCGUCUGCAUCUUGCUUUGAAUGAAGAGUUGGAUGUCAUGAUAAACAACCUUGAUGAUAAUGCCAACUGUGAGGAGAGGUGGAGGAGAGCUUUCACUAGAUGCUUUCUCAAGGUCGACGACGAGAUCGGAGGGAAGGCCGGCCUCGAGCCUCUCGCCCCGGAGACCGUGGGGUCCACCGCCGUCGUUGUCCUAGUAUGUUCCUCGCACAUAAUAGUCGCCAACUGUGGCGACUCGAGGGCCGUGCUCUACCGUGGCAAAGAAGCCAUGGCUCUAUCUGUCGAUCACAAGCCUAAUCGGGAAGACGAGUACGCACGGAUCGAGGCAUCGGGAGGGAAGGUCAUACAGUGGAACGGCCACCGCGUCUUUGGCGUCCUUGCAAUGUCGAGGUCUAUCGGAGACCGAUAUCUGAAGCCCUGGAUAAUCCCCGACCCGGAGGUGAUGUUCGUGCCACGAACGAGGGAGGACGACUGCCUCGUUGUGGCCAGCGACGGCCUUUGGGACGUCAUGACAAACGACGAGGCCUGCGAUCUAGCUCGGAGACGGAUACUGCUGUGGCACAAGAACAACGGCGUCUCCCUCCCGUUGGAACGGGGCGAGGGGAUCGACCCCGCGGCUCAGGCGGCCGCGGAGUACCUCUCGAACCGGGCGCUGCAGAAGGGCAGCAAGGACAACAUCUCCAUUGUUGUUGUGGACUUGAAGCCUCAAAGAAAGAUCAAGAACAAGACCUAGGAUAAAAACAUCAUUUUCUUAGUGGUCUUUUUUUUUUUUCUAUAACAAAAUUGUGAGUUGUUUCGAUUUGCCCAUAUGUUUUAAUUAUGGGCUGUAGCUUUGUGCAAAAUCACAAAAAGAUGUACUAGUUUGGAAUCCAACCAAAUAUAUUUUAUAUAUAUAUUUAGAUUGCCUGAUAA